UAUGUUUUUACAGGGUCUGCUACACUAAAAGCAAUAUUGCUGUGUCAUUCUUUGUGCGAUCGAUGGACCAGCAUUUUCAGCAGCAAUCCACAGGAUUAUAUAAUUGGCUGUUUGUGAAUCUCCAUGGCCUCAAAUAUUACACGAAUUUCGCAGGAUGUCAGUGACCGUAUCGUGCACUUUGCUUUAAUUUCAACGGAGCGGCCACGGCCACAUGCAGCUAGACCCGGUUGGUGCGAAGAGCAAGGAACAGAAAGUGAUUCCAAACCAUCUACGGAGCGCUGGAAGGGUAAUCAAUAAUUAAAAUCACUCCACGAUCGUGAACGGAGCUAGAGAUUUACUGACAGUCAGCUGAAACAAUCGCACGGGACAAAACAGAAAAUAAUUCCUCAUUAUUUGGCUGGUAAUUUUGUGUAGUGCAACAAAUCAUAUGAUUAUUCGCUGACGAACGGGAUCGCUUGCAUCUCGUACACGCGCGCGGCACGGAUAAUUACAGCUCCGGACGAUCAGCGCGUAACUGGAGAUGUCACACGGAGAUGAACGGGCAAUCUGGGAGAUUUCUAGUCAUUUAGACAGCGGUGAGAUGCGGUGGUUUCAUACGAUGAGAUCUGUGCGUGAUGAGACGUGCCUGGCAUGAGGAGCACUGCGCGCAGUCAUCGCCGCCACAACCACGUGAGGAUUUGACGUGGGGGAUGCUGGUGCAUUUUGCUCACAUAGCUCAAUGAUCUAGCUACAUCACUGAGACAUCGGCGCAGUCACACUUGAUAACACUGGAGCGGCGUGGUAUGUGAAGGAGCGCACCUCUGUUUUCAAGAGCAAUUAUUGCGCUAGGACCAAGCGUGGGAGAUUGUUUUCCGCAUCGGACAUUGAACCCUGUCCAAGUUAUUAUGACACUCGCAGCCAGUUGUGAAAAACAAUUUUGGUUUGAGUCUUGGCCUGUGAGCAUUUGAGAAAUAAAACUGCAAGACGUUCGAUCGAUGAGGACUGAACUCGGUCCAGACCUGUGGCCUUAACCUGGGAUAUCCUGCUUUAAUUUCACCGACGUCUUAUGCGUGCGAUCUGCGAGCCAGUUGCCAAGUUGCGAUUUCUAAACAGUGACUGGAUCUUCUAUUUUUAUACUUUUAGUCACGUGGUCGGCUGUUGAAGACGCUAGUGAAAUAACGUACGGGAAGAAAGACGUUAGCGUGUUUCCAUAGUUACAAAUUAGGGAUAUUUAUAUAAAUUUGUGGCUUAGCUUCAGGCAGACUAUGGGCGCCUCUGCUGCUACGGCCGCGCGACCCGGGACAAUCAAGUCCACAACGACGACAGCCACCGCUGUGACGGUCAAUAUGACCCCCUCCCUAGAACCGCGAGACUACCGUCGGAUGGACAGUCGUUCCUAUCGGUACUUCCGCCGUAUACAACCGUGGCUGUUCUGCAUUGCUGUGGUGGUGGCUCUACUGGGGUACGCAUUCAUCGGAGCGGCCGUUUUCGUGUAUUUGGAAGCGGAGAAUGAAAUGAAAAACUUCAAACAGUUGACAGAGACGAGAAAUGAAUUCCUGAGCCUAAUCAACGCGAGCAUCGAGGCAGCUGCCAACGGUAGCAUCGAGGCAUCUGACAACGGGGACUUAACCCCACCCACCACGCCUAACGUCACCCUCAAUCUCACCACGGCGACCCCUGGUGUGUCGUCAGCCCUGGCCGGGGUGAAUUUCACCAAGAUUGAUGAGGAGCUCAAAAAGUUUGAGAUUUUGGUGAAGAAAUUCAGAAACCUGGACUCGGAAGGGAAGCCCAUGUGGAAUUACUUCGGUGCCCUGUUCUUCUCUGCGACUGUCAUCAGUACGAUAGGUUACGGCAAUAUAGCUCCAGUGACUGUGGGUGGUCGGGUUUUCUGCAUGAUCUACGCCGUGUUCGGCAUCGCGAUGUUGCUCCUCGUCCUCGCCAGCAUCGGUUCUCUAUUCGCCCGCGGAGCCACACUGACGUAUCGCCUCCUCCACAUGAACAUCGCCAUGGCCAAGGGUGCCCCGCCCCCGAAGAAGAAAAAGAAGCUACGCGCGGUCCGCGUCCCAGCACCAACAGAGGGCGCUGCUGAAGGGGUGGAGCUGACGGGAAAAAAGACCAACGGAUCGACGGAGCAGCAACCCAGCAUGGAUGAUGUCAUCAAAGACAUCUGGAGCGCAGAGCCUACGAUCGAUCAGGGCGAUCUACCGCCGAUGCGAGUCAUGACACUCAAGGAAAAUAGGUCUGGGGACGGGGCGGGGCCGGCCAGGGGAGACAACGCGUGUACCAGUGACAAUGAUGACGAAGAAGAGAGUAACCAGGUAGAUAUACCACUGACCAUCGUCCUCAUCUUUGCCCUGAUGUACGUCUGCAUGUUGGCGGGCUUGCUCUGUCUCUGGGAGGACCAGUGGAACUACUUCGAGGCUUUUUACUUCUCCUUCGUAACCUUGACAACCAUCGGCUUUGGCGAUCUGGUACCCCAACACCAGAAGAACCUUUUAGGAUGCACGUUUUUCAUUCUACUCGGCAUGGCCAUUAUGUCCAUGUGUAUUGCGCUUGCGCAGGAGAUCAUCACCAAGAAAGUUGUGUGGAUCAGCGAAAAGGUGGGCGUGGCUCUAAUAAAGGCCAAGCCCACAUAGCACACGUCAUAGAAGAGAACUAUGCCUUAGAGUACAUUUCACUGAACUGAACUUAAACAUUAACUGUCCGUGCUUUUCAACAAAUCCAAAUAUUUUCUCCUGACGAAGUUUCAACUUGUCCUUUUUUAUAGACAAUUUAUUACUUCUACCGCAACUGGGCAGAUUUAUUUAAUUCGUGAACACGAAUGCUAGGACAGAAACAGAGUAAUUAAAAACAAAGAUUACGUCUUUCGGGGCGCAACUCACAAAUACAUGUACCACGGACAGUAUGUUUGAAUCUUUCAAUUUAAUGUUAAGUUUGUAUGAAGCCUAUGAGCACUGCAACUGCACAAAACCGUUAUUUAAUUGCCUUUAAAAUACACUUACAAGUUUUGAAGUAGUGUGCAUAUUCAAAGAAAACUCUUGUGUGACACUUAAAACAUUGCACAGUCGCUUGAAUGAGGUGGCCUAGUCGUUUUUAAAUGAUAAAAAAAAAUGUGAUAAACGUAAAUGCCAUAUAAUAACAAUGACCACACCAAUAAUAAUUGUCCUUUGAUUUCCUAAAAUGGCCACUUUUUAAAUGAAAUUUAAACGUAGGCCUCCUUACUUACAUGAAAUUCAUUUUGGGGUCCGCGGCUCAAUAAACCCUCAUACGACGACUGUUUCAUGUUACUUCCUCCUGACAAAAAUACAGUUAUAGAAUAGUCAAAAUUAAUGCUACGCUUGCUUGCAUUUUGUCAGAAAUUAAACUCGACGAAACACCUCCAUCUGCCUUGUACUGUAAACCAUAAUUAAUGAUGUAUUAACACAUUUUGGGAUAAUAAUUAUGUACCAGUUGGGCCUUCAACUAACGAUUUCUUUCACAAGAUUGUUGAAAACUCCAAAUUGUAUAAAAAAUUAUGUGAUUUUGAAAAUUUGAAAGUAUAAUUAAUAUGCGUGUGCAAAGUAUGUCACUGUAAUAAUUAUAAGCGUGUUUUGCACUUUGAUGUGCAUGCAUUUUUUGAAGAAUUAUCAAAUGCCAUUAAUGCCUGUCGGAUUGUUGUAAAUUAUUAUACAAGUACAUGUAAUAUUAUUUCGAAUCGAAAAACUUUAAAGGUUUGUAAGUUUUUGUAAGUUCUAAAAACUACAAUUGAAUUGUUGCAAGUAAUUUCUUCGAUGAAAACAGUUUAUGCCAAAAUGGGCACAGUAUUAACACUAAUUUCAGUAAUUGAAAUGCUCUUCUCAGCACAAUUUUCACCAUACUUAAAAUAAUAAUAAUAAUUGCUAGAUAGAAAAUAAAAUUUCCAAUUACGUCUGCAAUUCCUGGUCAAAGGCUUAUUUCAAUUUCAAGAUGGCUAUUAAUAGCAUUAACCAGAAAAUUAUCCCAUUAUUAAUUUCGAACGCCAUAAACUUAACAUUAUGUAAAUAAUCACAUGUACCUAAGUACAUAUCUGUACAAGUUGUGUGAAUACUUUACAAUAAAAAAAAACAUGAAAAGAAAAAAUCGAGUGACUUUCCAAU